AGUCCAUCAGACAGCCAGAAGACUUUAGUGUUGCCUGGGAGGCCUCUCACUCAGCAAAGCAGGGUUCGGAAAGCGGUGCAGGACAUCAGGAUUUCGCUUUGCAAAGAGGAGCCUGAGAUCUCUGAACAUUCGAUGUUUGGGGACUACCUUGGGUGGUGUCAUCAUAUCAUUGAAGCCUGUGGUUUCCACAUGGUUUCGCAGCUGAGCACUUAUCGCCAGUUCUGCUCAUGGUUGGGCACGCAGAAGUCUGAGACCACAACGACGUCAACGCCGAAAUCGUCUCCUUCCCCAUCGGCGUCGGUGAAGAGCAGAGGGAGCGCAGAGGUGAAGCCUCUGAAGCGAGCCCUUGCUUACAUGAACCUCGAAGAGGUGCUGCCACCCGACGAAGAUGCCUUGACCACGCCGAAGCAGUCAUUGAAGAAGCCUCGCUUUGCUGAUCAGGUGGCCAACGCUUUGGAGACACCCUUCAAAGUAGUGACAAACCAGUCAGUCAAGAAGCCUGGUGGCUUUUUGAACGAGUUCAACGGCUUUGACUUGGUGAAACUUGGCGUGCCACUGGAAGCUCGACCGCUUGCCAACAAGGAGUAUAAGGGCAAGAAGGGAUACACGGUGACUUCACCUACGGGUGCCGCUAUCGAAGUGCUUGUGGUGGCUGAAGCAUACGUGGUGAAGAGAUGCGGAACUGUGGCUGGAGGUGAAGGUCCAGAGUUUUCUACUUUGAAGUCUGGCCAGGUCACUUGGUCCAAGUUCGAUGGCCCAGCAAAGGCAUGGGAGGUAGCAAAGAAGAGGGCCUACUUUGUGUAGGUAGAUUUUUGUACUGCAGUAGACCAGGAGCACUGCAGACUUAUAUUUUAGGUUAGCUGCGGAAGGGUCAUGGGAACACACCAUGGAUUGCAACCUUUCCAUUCAUGCAGGUCCAAGGGGUUUUCACAAACGGCUUCAUGGCAAACUUUUGCCAGAAGCUCUAGCUUUGUGGUGGGGGCUAAAAGCCUGGAGCUUUUGAUCACGCG